GCUGCCCGCCGCGGAUUGCCGGUCUCCGUGCAUGCGAGGUGUGAAGCUGGGCAGCGCCCCUGAGCCAUCGCCAUGGAUUUUGUGAUGAAGCAAGCCUUAGGAGGGGCUACCAAGGACAUGGGGAAGAUGCUGGGGGGCGAGGAGGAGAAGGACCCCGAUGCGCAGAAGAAGGAGGAGGAGAGGCAGGAAGCGCUGCGCCAGCAGGAAGAGGAGCGGAAAGCCAAGUAUGCCAAGAUGGAGGCUGAAAGAGAAGUUAUGAGACAGGGGAUUCGAGACAAGUAUGGGAUAAAGAAGAAGGAGGAAAAAGAAGCAGAGGCCCAGGCUGCACUGGAAGCUAAUGCUGAAGGAAGCCUGACUCGUCCAAAGAAGGCUAUUCCUCCUGGUUGUGGGGAGGAGGAGGAGGAGGAAGAAGAGAGCAUUCUAGACACAGUCAUCAAAUACCUACCAGGUCCCCUGCAGGACAUGUUCAAGAAGUAAUAACUGCAGACUGCUAGAUGGGCAUAAACAGUACUGCAAAGGAUUUCUCUUUUGCCCAAUGGGGAUUUACAAUCUUGCCAUCCAUCAUGCACCUCUGCCCUCUAAUGCUCACUAGGAGUCCUUUUGCUUCCCAUUCCCCACUGCCUCUUCCCUUUGCCUCUACCCCAAGACUCAUCAGUCCUUUUUUUUGUACAUAGUCACAUCCAGUAGAUGCCUCUGAAUGGAUGUAAAGAUUAAAAAGCUGCAGACUACACAACUUUUAUUAUAAGCCAUAGUACUAUGUAUGUUAAAUAAGGCAACUGUACAUUGAGCAUAGAAAAGGAACAACCUCACAUGCAUUUUGACCCAAAGCAGGAAGAAGUGUUCACUAAGUGUGAACAGUAUCCUUUUCAGCUUUCUUAAAUUAUUAUUACUGAUAAUAAUUAUUAGUUAUUUUUAUUAACAUUCUUGUUGAUUGGGUCACACUAGCCAAUUGUUGAGCACAUCUACCCUUGGAAGGAAUAUCUCAGUUCUCCCAUGAAAGCAAAGCUUUUCAGUUUUAAUUCCAUCACUGGCAUAAAUAAAAAAAUCAUUUGGAAGCUAAAUCAUGCAUGACUUACACAGCUGACAUCACUCAGAACUAUAGAAGAAGUGAGUCAUUUGCCCUCGGAUGCUGAUAGAAGUUAAAUGCCUCAGAAUCUAAGCAAGAGUCAUGUCACUUUGGGAAUUAGCCAUACACUUAACUUGAAAGAACAGAUUUGGUCUGACAGGUGCCAUGCAGAGAGCCAGAACUACAGUACGGUGUGUGGUACUGUUAGAGAACCUUUCCACUCCUUGGAAGUCAGUGACCAGGAAUGUUGGCCUCUCUGAUUAACUAAACUUCCUCUUUCUGCCCAGUGCCAUAUUUGACAAUCUUAUUCCCAGCAAUGCUUGCAGGAUAGGCAUUUGGUUUCCAGAAUACUGGAAACUGCUGCUUUCUACACAUCCUUCAAUACAGUUGUGAGAGAAUGUGGAAUUUAGAUGUGACUCUGGAGAGCCAGAAAUUCUAAGUUUCCUACGUCUCAUACUAAGUUGCUCUGUUGCCUUGGAGAGGUAAUUCAGUUUUCUGAUUCAGCUCCUCCAGAUGUUAAAUUGAACUUUCAGUCUACACCUACUGUAAAAAGAUGUAGUAAGGAUGAAUUGCACAAUUCUUUUCCAGUCAUUUGCAGGAGAUAAUAUUAUAGCAGUAUGUAGUAUCUGUUGGUUCUACAAAAGUGUGAAAAAAAUCUCUCUCAACCUUUCUUUAAUACCUUAGCCAGACAUAGGCACAGAUAUUUUCCAGUACAGCACAGUAAGCAUUGAGAAACUAAAUAAGAAAAGACAAAUUCUUCUGGAGGUGUUGAUUUGCUAGUACACACACACUCAACAGAUUUAUUUUGAGCACAAUCCCUUGCUAAGUUUUCUGGACUGUCAUCUGAAAAGCUGAUCACAGAAUAUUUGUAUUUGGCGACAUCACUGUAGUAUCUGCUGUAAGAGCAUCAUGCCAUCGCAGUCUCACAAUAAUGUAGGAUAAUCACAGAACCAUAGAAUCUUAGAAUAUCCCAUGUUAGAAGGGACCCUUAAGGGAUCAUUGAGUUCAGCUCCUGUUCCACUGCUAUCCCAGGUUUUUCUUACAUUUAAACAGGUUCACCUAAUUCAAUAACAUGGCUUUUCUUUUUAGAAAAGGCAGUUUCUUUUCCUUUAAGGGUGAAUCCUGGCCUCCCCAGCAGCUUUUCAAAGACCAUAUCAAAGUGGUAGGGAUCUACUGAGUAAAACAGGUGUAGAAUUUGUAGUUCACCAGCAUGCAUCGUAUACAGUGGAAAGGUACCAUCUCUGUCUAAUCAGGGUUUGCCUCACAGGAGUUUGUCCCUAUCAUGGAAACAGUAGAAACAACAACGGAAAGGAAAACAACCACAGAUAUCAGGUACCUAAGAUUAAGCAUUUUAAUUGGUUGGAACUUAUCUGUUUCACAUAUUCAGCAUAACUGACCUUACGCAAAUGUUCCUUUAUUUUUCUGGAUAUGGAAUUUAAAGACAUCUGUCAUCCUUUCAAGUAAGUAUGAGCAUCAUAGUUAAGUCAACAAGCCUAAACUAUGUAAACUAACAUGAAUUCUGUGUUUUUUAGCAGCAUCUCAUACAGUAGGAAAAAAUUAUUGUGAAAGAAAAUAAAUGCAUUCAUUUUGCCCUAUUCACCCAAUUAUUAUUCAGGUAUGUCAGCAGUAUUUGCUGCUUCCUGGGUAACUUCAGUGUCAAGCUUCUACCAAAUCUAGGGUGGAAGCUGAGGAUGUUUAACUGAUCUACAAGUCAAAACCAGAUGAUACAAAGGCAACUUGUUCUGGGUUGGAUCUACAAACAAGACAUGUUCAUUCUAGUGUAAACUGCCUUGAGUUUUGCAAGGGAAGAAGACAGAUUUUACUCUUUCAGAUAAUAUCAGAACUUUUCUGCCUUUUCAUUUAGAGUGAGAUGAGUUUGUCCCCCUAAGACUUCAAUGACCCAGAAGACUCUUUUAACUCUGUAUCAAUGCUUGGGUAGUGCGGAGCAACAUAUCAUCUUCUAGGGAGAGUGUCCUACUCACUCCAUGCAAAUUCAGCAGCUACUAAAGUAGUAGAGCUUGUUUAAGUACAUUAAGUGAAGGUUAUUUAAGCAGAUCUCAAAAAACUGAAAACUCUCCUGUCACAAAGGCAGAAGCUUUUUCGGAUGCUCUGAGAGAGAAUUAGAUCCAACACUCCUGAAAGCUAAAGGGCAGAGAGCUUGGUUCUUAGCUCCAGCCAUUCAAUGGCAGUGAAAUCUGCUGACACACUCUCACCACAUCUUCUGAAACACUCUGACUGAUGUGAGUAGUUGGUCUGUGUUCUCUAAUGCAUAAGACAAACCAGCACAAAAGCUCCCCUGCUAAAAAAGACGAGUUCAUGCAUUUAUAUUCUCCCCUGGUCUUGUCUUGAAGGAGUCUACAAACAAGCAAACAAGAGGAUGAACUCAUACUGCUUUGCUUUGGAUUUCUCUAAGGUUUGCUUGUUGACCUAUCCCUAGCUCCCAUCACAGACUCAUUUCUUCAUCCAGACAAAUCCUGUCCAUGGGCAGAAGCAAGGUUUGCUGCAUGCUGUCCCCUAUGUUGGACGAUACUGCCAAUCAUUCAUUGGUUUUCAGUCUCCCUGGCACCUUGAUGAGUGCACUUGUGUGUGGAAGAGGAAACAACAGAGGGUCAGGAGAGAGAACAGAUGGAUAUUUGGUAUCAUUUUUUUUCUAAUUGUGCCUCAACAGCUGCGCCACUGACUGGUGUAAGUCAGGAUCUUGUGUGGCCUAUGCUCUAAUGUUAUAAGCAGGUAGCAUUGUCCUCAUGCUCAGAAGAAAAAUAAUAAUAAUAAUAAUAAAAGGUAUUUUGUCUUGUGAGCUGAGCCCCUGAAUGGUGUAUACAUCUAGAUCCAAAAUCUGAAAAAUGUUGUGGGAACACUGUGUGGAGUUUGUUACAAGCAAGGCUCACAGAGCAGGAGCAAAAGGGGAAGUGGUUUAUUAAAUAAUAAUUGCUGAGCAUUUUUCAUUGUGGGAGCUUUCCAGCCCAGCCAUGUCAUCACUUCUGUACCUCAGCUCUCCCAGCCCACAGUAAACCUUACUCCAUGGAUGGUGCAGUUCAGCCAGUUGUGAGCUGCCAGAUAUGAAUUUUCCUUUUAAUUUUCAAUUUCUUUCAAUAAAGAAACAUAACAGACCUAUCACAGGUAUUGGGCAGAUUUUUCUUGGUUUUGUCUCAGAUAACUUUGGCACCUUGCGUGAGUUCUGGGCCUCUCCCUAAGUCAUUCCAUCAUCUCCAAAGUGCCUAAGCCACUCUGAACAGACUCGAAAGCAGGCACUCCACCCUUCCUUGUGCCCAUUCUUUCCAUAUCUUACCCUGCACUGCCAACAUAGUGCACAACACCUUUGGCUGGUGUAUGGGUAUGAGAAGCAAUGUCACAGACACUAUCCCCCUCAGCACACAAGCAGGCAUUGAAGCACUUGAACAAGACCAAAGAUAAGUAUGGUUCAUUGUUUGGAUUCUGAAUUUCUCUUUGUCAUUCCAUGCCAUUGUUUCAUUUGUGUUGCUAGUCUGUUCAAUCUCAGGUAAAUGAGGUCUUUCUUUUCUUUCCUUUCCUCCCGCCAUUCCCUCCCCCCCAGAAGAUGUAUUUAUUUAUUUAUUUGGUUGUUUGUUUCAGGUGGCAGGUGUGGAUUAAUUUUAAUUAACACAGAGAGGUUGGUGGCUAGACACUGCAGCCAUUUUCCUUUGUAGCUCCAAGAUCUUUCUAGUUACCAACAAAAGUCAAAGGGCCUCCACCUUUUGGAGGACAAAUGAGUUUGCCACUGCCCUUUGCAAACUCAUACCUAUCUUUAGAGAAAGCCAUAUGAAAUCAGACUGCAAUAUUAAUUAUGAAUGAUACUCGUGUUUAAAAUAAAUAAAAUGAGAUACAAGAUCAUGUGCUAGAUCACUCUGGAGUUCCUCAGUCUAUGUUUCUAGUACCAUACGUUGGCUUAUGUCCCUCCUCGCCCCUUUCCUUCGUCAAGAAACACCAUACCAAUGCUGGUUAGUACAUCUUUUUGCCAAGCUUACUGUGCUAGAAUAAGUGUUGUUAGAAAUCAGCUGUUGUGACCUCAAAGUAAUGUCUUAUGUAUCUGAAACUUGUCUGUAUUCAAUCUGAGUAUGUUAUCAAGAUACUGUUUCUUCAUGUGCUGAGUUAGUAAAAUGUUUCAAUACUGACAUUAAAAUAUUGCUUGUUUUCUCUCUCUGUUCUCCACUGUUGCCCACACACAUGCACAGAGCAAAACUCAAUCUAACAAUGCAUUUUAUAGUAGAAAUGCUUCCCAGUGUUCUUUAAGAUGCAUGCAGUACUCUCCAACGAGCCAGAAGAUUAUUUAAAGUAGAAACUUUGUGAAUGUAAAUUUUGUUUGUUAUUUGCCUGCUACUUUUCCUGCAUGAUGUAGGUAAAUGGUAUAAUGUUCUUUUAAAAUGGAGUCACAGACAAUAAAAAAAAAUAAAAUGAUUUCAUACA